UAGACAGUGAGCUAGCUCAAUGAAACUUUUAUAAAACGGAAAUAUGACAGUACCAAAAAGAGGUCCAGCCAAAGUAAGAGUAAAACAAAGAAUCACGUCACUGUUUGUAACAGAUUCAUGUCGAGAAGCAGCUCUUUCGGACUCAUUUCAGUUGCUAAUCUGCCAAUGACAAGCAAAGACCUUGACGUGAGUCAGAAGACCGAAUGCGGCCUCCACUCACACAGAGAGCUUCAACGGACUCACUAACGCCUAAAAGGAUCUCAGGUUGAUGACCCUCCUCCCUCCUGUGGAGGAUAAAGUGGUAAAAGAUGGAUGGUUGGAUGGUGGUAAGGUAUAGUAAAUGGUUUGUAUAUUCAUAUAACACUUUUCUAGUCUUGAUGACCACUCAAAGCUGCUCUACACUACAGAUCUGCCAUUCACCCCCAUUCACCCCCAUUCACAUGUGGGGCAACGUGGGGUUAAUUAUCAAACUUGCUCUACCACUGAGCUACCAUCGCCCCAAACUUACGACCCAAAAUUGUUUCUAUACAGCAAAUUUAUGAUUCCCAUUAAAAAUCAUCAGAUUUUUGCAAACUAAAAUACUAUUUAUAUGUACUUUAAGCAACAAUUUUGCUUUACAGAGGCCACCAUCUUACACCUGCAGCCUGAAGAAAUAAGCCAGAGCAUGUGCUGUGUUUUGAAGUAGAAGAUUACUAUGAAAAAGAAGAACAGCCUCCACUGUAGGCCACCGUAGUUCCCUGAAUCGGCAUUAUUUCCUCUCUCACCCUUUCCACCGGCACAAUAUGGCGUCCUCCGUAAAGCAAGGCCCUUGUCUGAAAUGCACAUAAAAGGCUUAUUAAUUCCAACUCCAAAGACCAAAUAAGUUUUUAUAAUACUUAUGUGUAGUAGUCUAUAUUCAAUUUCUGCCAACAACCCGUCUGUAAAUGUUGUUAUGCACUGUGCCUUUAAAACAUGUGUUAACAGUAUUGUGCCCUGAAAAGUUGGAUUCGUUCAUCCUCCAUUCUCCAUUCGCUUUAAGAGGAAAAGAAAGACUGAUUGUAAAAGGUGAACAGCUCGAGGCAACAUCCCCCUCCUCCCGUGUUCUCUCUCAACACACACCUCCCCCUCCUCCUCCUCCCUCUCCAUCCCUUCCCUCCAAACACACACACACACACACACCUUCGCUCCCCUCAUCCUCAUCCAUCCAUCCGCGCUCGCUCUGCUCAGCUGCUGGAUGGUGCGUCAGGAGCGCAUGAAGGACGGAGCCGGGGCUUCCCUUCUGUCUGAUGGAGGCAGCAGCGGGUCCGGCAGAUACCACGUCCACUGUCUGUCGCUCUUGAGCGCGGAGACACCACAGAGAUAAUCUAACAUCAUCCCCUGCCUUGCCUCCAGUGCGUGUCUCUGAGUUUGUGUUUGAUAUGCACAUUCACAAGUGUGUGUAGCUUGUGGAGUGCGUGUGAGUCUGUGUGUGUGUGUGUGUGUGUGUUAUACCUGUGAGGUGAAGACAUGGGUACGGUGGGAGCAGAGCGCCGCAGGCCCACGCCGGUCCAGACUCCCGAGGAGAGGGAUGUGUGGCGGGAUGGAGGGAGAGCCGGAUGGAGGGAUGUUGGUAGGGAAGGCUGGAGGGAAGGACGAGAGAGCAGCGUGGUGCAGAGCUACAGCUUCGACUCGUACCAGCUGGAGGAGGAGGAGAUCAAUAAAGAUGCCCCAGAGCGAGGAGUGCUGGCUCUGUCUGAACCUGACUUUGAGGAGCCGAUUCCUGACGACCGUUACCAUGGCAUCUACUUUGCGAUGCUAUUGGCUGGAGUGGGUUUCCUGCUUCCCUACAACAGUUUCAUUACGGAGGUGGACUACCUACACAGCAAGUUUAAAGGCUCAUCUAUAGUGUUUGACAUGAGUCUGACGUACAUCCUGGUGGCGCUGUUGGCCGUCAUCCUCAACAAUGUGCUGGUGGAGAGACUCAGCCUGCACACCAGGAUUACAGUGGGUUACAUCUUAGCCCUGGGGCCGCUGGUCUUCGUUAGCGUCUUUGAUGUCUGGCUUGCAAAAUUCACCACCAGACAGGCUUACAUCGUCAACCUUGUAUCAGUGGGAGUCGUAGCCUUUGGAUGCACAGUGCAGCAGUCCAGUUUCUAUGGUUACAUGGGGAUGCUGCCCAAGAGGUACACACAGGGGGUGAUGACUGGAGAGAGCACAGCUGGUGUGAUCAUCUCCCUCUCUCGCAUCUUCACCAAGCUGCUCAUAUCCGAUGAGAGGAGGAACACGCUCAUCUUCUUCCUAGUCUCCAUCGCCAUGGAGAUGCUCUGUUUCCUGCUGCACCUGCUGGUCCGACGUUCCAAGUUCGUACGCUACUACACCAACCACGCCCAGGGCAAAUGCCCGGGCAAAAGCCACGACCCGUGUGACAAUGGGACUGGAUACAGAGUCCACCACGAUGUCACUGCAGAGGAAGUAAGAUUUGGAAAUGGUGGUGCAGGACCGUCCUCCACAGAAGAAGGUGUUGAGGACUUUGUGGGCGGCACCUAUGUGCGAUUUGAUGCCCCAAAGGUUAAGAUAAGGAGAAGCUGGCCUGGUGUCCGUGACAUGAUCUUGCAUCGUUACGUGGUGUCCCGUGUGAUCUGGGCGUACAUGUUAUCCAUAGCGGUGACCUACAGCAUCACUCUGUGUCUUUUCCCUGGGCUGGAGUCAGAGAUUCGAAACCCCACCCUCGGGGAAUGGCUCCCCAUCCUCAUCAUGGCCACCUUCAACAUGUCGGACUUUGUCGGCAAGAUCCUGGCAGCACUGCCGUAUGACUGGUCUGGAGGCCGCUUGCUCUUCUUCUCCUGCCUCCGCGUCAUCUUCAUCCCUCUCUUCGUCAUGUGCGUGUACCCGGCCAGCUCACCCACUCUGCCCCACCCUGCCUGGCCCUGCCUCUUCUCCCUCUUAAUGGGAGUCACCAAUGGAUACUUUGGCUCUGUGCCUAUGAUUCAGGCUGCUGGCAAAGUGCCGCCCGAGCAGAGGGAGCUGGCAGGAAACACCAUGACUGUCUCGUAUAUGACAGGACUGAUGGUUGGCUCCGCUGUGGCGUACGCAGCUUACAGCUUCACCGCCCCACGAGCAGGGACACACUUCCCCGCGCUCAGUGUACAUACACCUGCCAACGGUACAAGCUACUGAAUGUCUGCACACACACACACACACACAAAACACAGGAGACGUGGAUCUGAACACACACACACACACACUGUACAUGUACACACACCUGUGGCCAUUUACACUCAUCAAGUCAGAUCGAGGAAGACGGCACAGCACAGUUUGACGGAUUCUCUGAUUGUCAAAGGAUUGAGACGAGAGACAUCGGAGGGGAAGUGAUGUGUGUCAGUGAAAUGUAGCAGAUUUCUGGACUAAAAGCUGUUGAUGUGGUCACCUUCACCUCUUCCUGUUACAAACGUUUUACAUGAAGGUGAGGAACACAAGCUGUGCACCUGUCAGCCAUUUUAUUGUAUUUAUUGCAGCAUGAUUAUUGUCUGCAUACAUGUGCCAAACACAUCAGCUGACACGAGUGAACUCUCACAGCAGGGAACGAAAGCUUGAGUCACGUGUGUUAGAUUUCACGUUUCCUCUUAUCUCCUGCUGUUCAAAAAGAGAGACACGUGGUCCAUUUCUUGGCCAAUUAGUUCUGCAGUUUUCUCAUGAUAAUCUCCCAAUCUCUGAAAAUGAAUUUCUGUUUAUAUGAUUUGAUUUGUGUAAUGUUGUCAACAUGUUCCAUGGAUGAUGGAAUAUGUGGAUUCACUUGGGUUUGGGAUGGAUUUGAGUCGCUGGCUGUUGACAUUCAAACACUCACUUCAAACAAAAUGCCCAUUUUACCGUAACAGAAAAUGACAUAUUACAUAUUAUUAUCAUAUUACACUAAGUAAUAUGAUAGUAAUACCUUCUCAUUUCUAAAGUAGUAGUAGGCAAUUGCUCGUGUAUUUCUGUGACAGUUCCGUUUGACCUCAACUGUCGCCGCUCAGGGGGUGCCGAUGUCUGGUGUGGCUGCAUACACUGACGGUCAUCUACACCAAUUGUUAUUCCCUGGAUAUUAUUUUAGAAAUAACGUGGUAUUACUGCAAUAUUAUUAGCAUACUAUUAACUUUGUUACAAAGCUGGAAAUUGCAUUAAAAAUACGAUGGUAUUACCGUAAUAUAACCCCCUCAUUACAGAAUUAUUGCCAUAGUAUCAUGUUGUUUCUGUACUGUAAUGUAAAGAUUUACCUGGAAAAGGUAGAAUAUUUCAUUAAUUAUAUGACUAUUCACUAUAAGUUAAUAGUUAUAGAAGAAAAACACAGGAGAAUAUAUCCAGAGGCAGAGCAGGGAAUGACAUGUGAGGGCUUAAAUGAGUUGGCAGCAGACCAAGGAUGGAUUAGUAAAUUAAUUUGUACCCACGUGAAAGCCUGCGCGUGAGUAAUGUUGACCAGAGACUAAGUGCUACAGUGAGUGAUGGUUUUACAGCCUGUGAUAAAUUGUGAUUGACAGCAUCCAGCAUGUGUGAAGAACUGGCAGAAGCUUUUAUAUAUAUAUAUAUAUAUAUAUAUAUAUAUAUAUAUAGGUUCACCUUCUCCAACUUUGAAAAUUGUCACCAGCAGCUGCAUUUUCUUGUUCGACUAAAAGAGAGGGUUUCCAUCUGUUCCCAUCACUUCAUUUAUGCUCUAAUUAUGGUAUAGCGUUUAUUGUCAUAAAAUGGUUUGUGUCCCUCUGAAUUGUCUCUGCUUUUCCAUAUAAUUCAUAUAAUAAUGAAUUAGUGCCAAAACAAACAAAACAAAACAAAAAACACACACACACGUGUGCUUGAUUGUGAUCAGUGUUUGUAGCGGAGUAAAAAGAGUGAAUGUGUAGUUUGUAGUUUUACAGAAUAAAAUGCACUGGAGUGCAGUGGAGUGGAGCUUCGUCUGUGUUUUACCCGUGUGUGAGCUCCUGGAAAGUAUUAGAUUCCUAACUUUUGUAGCAGAAGUGACGUCGUAAAGCAUCGCCUUCUUUUGUUUGCGUGUGAGUUUAACUUUUUUCAGUGCAGCGGCAGAAGCAGCUUCUCAGUUCAUCCACGCUUCCUGUUGGAUUUUGUUGAAUUCUGCAGCUCAGUCUUUGUGAAAAAGAAAUAACAGGCCUCUCAGUGUAAAAAGCCACUAGUGCACUACAUUAUGAAGGUGACGGCAGCGCUGUUUGAAGAAUGGCUGGGUGCCGUUUGGGAGCUAACCUCAUUACUGUAUGUAUGUCCUGCUGUGCUGAUGCUGCUGAUGGUGCUGAUGCUGCUCAUGCUGCUGACGGUGCCUGGGGCUCCUCUGCUCUCUGGGAGCUGCCCAGUUUGAAGGUGUUUUCAGUUAUUUUUGGUCAGACGUCUUCUUAAAGGACAUUACCUCUUUUUCUGUUCCUCUCAUUAUUCUGUUGGGGAAAGUUCGAGGAAAUUCAACUCAAACGAGGCUAGAAUUCAAAUUACAAGUGUAACUUUCUUAAAAUCAGCUUUGGGAUUUGUUAUCACUACAAUUAGUUUUAACUCUCCUAAACUGAAAAAUGACACUUUGUUAGAACAAAUGGGGAUUUGUUUUGUCCAAUAAUAUCUAAUCUCAGGACAUAUUUUUGGCGUUACCUGACACUUUAAAGAUCCAGUGUGGGACAUUUAGGAGGCUUUACUGUGUGUGUGUGUUGUUUUCCCUUCUCCCUCUCUAGCGGUUGCCACAGCGGAUGAUCCGCACAUUGGAUUUGGCAGAGAUGCCCUUCCUGAUGCAACCUUCCCGUUUAUCCAGGCUUGACCAGCACUACAUGUGGCUCGCCUGUGGCUGGGGUCAAUUCAGAGUGUUCAAUUAAUAACGAGCAAUGGGGAUUGGGUAUCUCGCUCAGAAGUACCCCAGCCCUUGACCUGGUGGGGACUUAAACCACCGGCAACCCUUCAGUCACAAGACAAGUUCUCUUUCCACUCGGCAAAUAUAAAAGUAUUCUUAUUUUUGAGUAAUUAUACUUACGCAAACAUACUUAUGGAUAGAAUAUUCAGUUUCUCCCUCCUAAAUGUUACAUACUGGACCUUUAUUCUACAGUGGCAUAUGAAGAGAUUAACAGCAGAACAGUCUUCACCAAAAAUGUGAUGUGAAGAGCAAAACAGUAAGCCAAAGACAGUCGACUGCAGGGGGCGUGAAGGGCACCGCGACACAGCUGAAAGAUGAUGAUGCUCAUUAGGGGAUGUUUGUGUUUUUCCCUAAGACAGAAGAUGGAAAGCACCUCUGGAGUUUGGAGGUUAUUUCACCACCGAGGAACGACGUUCACUCCACAGCUGAGAUGACUGUGCUGUUGCACACGAACACGCUGACCUGUGUGAAAGAGGAAAUAUACGAUUUAUUUUGCAUUUUUAUCUCGUCCCCGCGAAGGUCUGAUAUUUGUCACGUCUCGCCUGUUUCUGUUUUCAUAUCUGCAACAGUCGACGCUUUGUUUAUGUCUCACAACUUCUUCAUUCCAUUCUAUUUUAGACUGCACACUGUGAAAAAUCAGUAUGGUAUAAAAGAAUGGCGGCGCAUAAACAGUAGAUAAUGUAAGAUAACAUAUUUUCCAAAAUAUAUUUGUGAUGAAAGAAUCGUUUCCGAGCUUCAGUUGGGGGCUGCAGUGAGGUGACUUUGGCCUUAUUGCUGCUAUGAUUAUUGCAUGGUGUUUGGGUGUCGCAUAAGCUUUUCAAGAAAAUCCAAAUAUAAUGAAAGGAUUUCAUAUCAUUGUCCUGGUUCUUCUGACUCCACCUGGUCGAGAAGUUUAGUUAAAAUGAGUUGAACCAGGUUUGCAACCUUUUUAACACUCACAGUAUUUCUGUCUAAAAAAAUAAUAUACAUUUUUAUAGGUUAAUUAUCCAAAAUUGAACUAGUAUUAUGCUUUGAAAGACGUGUGACUUUGCAAAUAUGUGUGUCUUUAUUUCAUUUGGUUGUACAUAAGCUUCAUGAUUUUCAGGUUAAGAUAAUGGAGUUUCUCAGAAGAGUCUGUCUGUGCCCGACGUUGAAUCAUCAGCAGCACAAAAUAAAGAGUUUGUAUCUCUG